AUGGCGACGAUGCCGAAGAGCACGCCCAGAUCUCUUCUCCUGUUCCUCCUCCUCGCCACCCCCUUCUUCCUCCUCCCCCACCCCUCCUCCUCCUCCGCCUUCCUCAUCAAGAAAGACAGCCCCCAGGAAGAUACUGAGGUGGUCAACGAGGCCCACGUGGUCGUCCUUACCGCCGCCAACUUCUCCUCCUUCCUUGCCGUCCGCCGCCACGUCGUGGUUGACUUCUACACGCCCUGGUGUUACUGGUCCCGCAAGCUCGCCCCAGAGUACGCGGCGGCGGCGGCGCACCUGGCCGACAAGGGGCUCGACGUCGCACUCGCCAAGGUCGACGCCACCCAGGACAGUGACCUUGUACGCGCGCACGGCGUCGACGGAUACCCCACCGUCCUCUUCUUCGUCGACGGCGUGCCCAGGCACUUCCCCUACUACGGCGAGAGGACCAAGUAA